AUGGGACCCGUAGUUAAGCGGGCCUGGCUGCACGCGCGCCUCGAGGCGAAGGUCGGCGGCGCCGAUGCCGUCGCGCUCUCCCUCGUCGCCUGCCGCGACAACAUCCUGGAGGGCCUCUGCGCGCAGCUGGGCGUCGACGAGGUCACUGGCAACCUGCUGGACGGGGCAGGGCCGCAGCGGCUGAGUGUCCGCUACGCAGGCGAGGCGGCGGACGGCGAUGCUCUGCGCCGCGAGUGGUUUGGGUUGGUGACGGCGGAGAUCUUCGACCCGAACAGCGGCCUCUUCGUCGAGGACGCAAACCGCAUGCUGCAGCCCAACCCCAACUCUGCCGCCGAGGCUGGCGCUGACCACCUCUCCUACUUUGCGCUCCUCGGGCGGAUCACCGGCAUGGCCCUCUACCACAAGGAGAUGCUCAACGUGUCCUGCUCCAUGGCCUUCCUCAAGGCGGCCUUUGGAUAUGAGAUCGCCUUUGACGACCUCGAGUUGGUCGACCCCGACCUACACAGCUCGCAGAAACAGCUCGUCUCUAUGUCGGCAGAGGGUCUCGAAGCGCUGUGCCUCACCUUUGAGGUGGACGGCGACGAGACGGUCGUCUACGAGCGCUCCUCUGACCGGCGGCGCACCGCUGAGCUCAAGCCGGGGGGGGCGGACGAAGCGGUCACGCCAGACAACAUCCGCGAGUACCUGCAGCUGUACACUCGGCACAAGCUCCUUGGUGCGGUUGGGCCGCAGGUCGCCGCCUUCCGCUCCGGUCUUGGCGUGUUUCUCGACGAGGAACUCCUCGCUACCCUCCGCAGCUUAUGCACGAUCGCCGAGGUCCAGCUAUUGCUCUGCGGCCAGCCCAACAUCGACGUCGACGACUGGGAGCGCUCCACGGUCUACAAUCCUCCCGACUACCACCACUCGAACGCGGUCGUGUGGCUCUGGAAGGCGAUCCGCGAGAUGUCGGCUGAGGAGCGGGCGCAGCUCCUCCUUUUCACUACCGGCUCGACACGGCCGCCCGCCACCGGCUUCGCCUCGCUCAUGGGCUACCGCGGCGCACAACAGCGCUUCACGGUGACGCGCUUUGACGGUGCGGAGAGGCUUCCGACGGCGUCGGCUUGCUUCAACCGGCUCUAUCUACCCGAGUAUGGCAGUGAGGCGCUGCUGCGCGCUAAGCUGCGGCUUGCACUCUCCGAGGCGGAGGGUUUCGCCGAGGCGGCGGUGGCGCACUGA